AUGGCGUGGCAAUCGCAGAGAGGUGACAUGUCCGGACUCUUCCAUUCGACAGAGUUCUCCGACCUCACUAUCAAGUGCGGAGGUCGUGAGUGGCCGGCGCACAAAGCAGUGCUAUGCACCAGAUCCGAGUAUUUCCAUCGUGUGGUCACCAGCGGCUUCAAGGUUCGAAGCAUAUCCGUGGCGAUGCUUUUGUGCACGGCUGACAAUUGCUCCCAGGAGUCGGAGAGUGCAGUAGUCGAGCUACGCGAUGAUGAUCCGGACGUGGUCCACCUCAUGCUGGGUUGCUUGUAUCGCGGUACUAUCGAACUAUCGCCAUUCCGCGAUCCAAGCACGUUGCCCGAACUCUGCAUGAGCCUCUUCGUGCUUGCCGACAAAUACCUCUUGCACGACCUCGAGAAGCCUAUGAUAGAGGAGUUCAAAUGCAAAAUCCAAAGGCUGCCAACGGAGAGCUUCGCCAGGGUUGUUAACACGGUCUACGAUAUGGAAGGGGAGGCGAGCGAGCCUGUGCGAAAAGCUGUCGUUGAUGUCGUCACAUACGUUCCUCCGUCCGCCGCGGAGAGAUGGACGCGGCGCCAUGCUCAAGAUACCGCGCCCGGGUGGAGUGUACCGCCAGGAUACUCGCUUGGGCGAGUACUAAGGCAAGCACCCAAAGAGUUCGCUGUUGAGGUGGCUGAAAGACUGAGAAAGGCACUGGAAGAUGCAAAGCGCUGA